AUGGCCGCAAAGGUUCACCCGGAUGCCUACAAGGGACUUGGCAAGACGGUGUCUGGUUUCAAGGCCGCUUACGGGACGGUUAUGUUCUUCGAGGAUCAGGUGCCGCUUUACGCUUUGGCUGCUAAGAACCCGUUGGGAGACGUUUCUGAUGGCAUGCACCAAUACCUAGUAUGGACGGCGCUUGAGCUCGAAGGUCUUGGUGCCAACCUGCAGCACUUCAACUUCAUGGACGAGUUCUCCGAUGAGGUGGCGAAGCGCUGGGACCUGCCAACUUCGUGGAAGCUGAAGUCGCAGCUCGUGUUUGGCAAGCCAGCAAAUGGCCUUGUACGGAAGUCGGAAAGAACGUACGCUCCACUGCAGGAGCGGGUCAGACUAUAUGGAUAA